AGCCCCUAUUUCGUUCUGAAGCCAGGCAGCCAAGCCCUCGCCGAGCUCAAAGCCUGUUGUCGACGACGACGACGACACUACUGCCACCACAGCCAGCCGCGCUGCCGAAGGAACCACUUCCCCAAGAUGACAGAUCAAUCACCUUUCGAUGUGGACGUAUGGACCCUGACGCGCUUCGUCAUGGAGACGGGACGUCAGGCUAAAGGAGCCACAGGCGAGCUCACCCAGCUGAUAAACUCCAUCCUGACAGCCAUCAAGGCCAUUUCAUCAGCAGUCAGGAAGGCUGGCCUCGCUCACCUGCAGGGGCUGGCUGGCACGGUAAACGUCACCGGAGAUGACGUCAAGAAGCUGGACGUCCUGUCCAAUGACCUGGUUGUAAACAUGCUGCGCGCGUCCUACAGCACGUGUGUGCUGGUCUCGGAGGAAAACAAGGACGCCAUCAUCAUACCAGCGGAGAAGAGGGGUAAAUACGUGGUGUGUUUCGACCCCCUGGACGGCUCCUCCAACAUCGACUGCUUGGCUCCCAUUGGCACCAUCUUCGCCAUCUACCGCAAGGCAUUGGAAGGUGAGCCCAGCGAGAAGGACGCUCUGCAGCCUGGUAACCAGAUCGUGUGCGCCGGCUACGCCCUCUACGGCAGCGCCACGCUGGUGGCGCUCAGCACUGGUGCUGGCGUCAACUUUUUCAUGUUGGAUCCGGCUGUAGGCGAGUUCAUUCUAACUGAGAGAAAUGUGAAGAUCAAGAAGAAGGGGAAGAUCUUUAGCAUCAAUGAAGGUUAUGCCAAGUAUUUUGAUCCAGCAGUGAAUGAAUACAUAAAGCACAAGAAAUAUCCCGAGGAUGGUAGCGCACCUUAUGGUGCCAGAUAUGUAGGAUCCAUGGUGUCUGACAUUCACCGCACCAUUGCAUACGGAGGGAUCUUCAUGUAUCCUGCCAACGAGAAGAGCCCGAAAGGAAAGCUAAGGCUCCUGUACGAGUGCAAUCCCAUAGCAUUUCUCAUUGAGCAGGCAGGGGGCCUGGCCACCACGGGCACGCAGAGGGUUCUGGACGUGCAGCCCGAGGCCCUGCACCAGCGCGUUCCCUUCAUCGUUGGCUCAUCAGAUGACGUGGAGGAGUACCUGUCCUUUAUUAAGAAGUAUCAGAAGUAACACCUUUACAGACCAUACCCAUAUCCCAUGACCGUGCAGCUACAUAUAUCAUGGGUGGCUUGUAUGUUCUGUGCACAGUGCAGAAAUACAUGUGUCAAAUUAGUCACCGACUCAGUAAGCUUUAAUGACAGCAAGAAGUUUCCAUAACAUGAAAAAAAUGAGCAGGAAGAGCAACGAAUCAUGAGUAGAAACUAUUGUUUUGUGAUUUUUAGAUUUGCCCUUUUCUAUGAAAAGCCCAGAAAAUAAAGUGUUAAAAUUUCACCUCCCA